AUGGAGGCAUUAGACGGUCGGGUGUUGUUCCGCGUGGCGGACGCCACUGGCGAUGUUCUUACCACCAUCGCCCAACUCACUUCCGUCUUUCGCGCCUUCGCUCUUGUCGCCCGCUCGGAGCUGUGGCCGCGUUAUUGCCUUUCGCGCGCCACCCUUGCCAAAGAGAGUGAGUUGGCGGCGGUAGCGGCGGUGGUGGAGCGCCUGGUGCGUGAGGCGGGUAGCGCCGACGCCCCGCAGAACGCGGCGAGUAGCCUGGCGCGGUGCAUGAGCGCAUGCUCGGGCGUGGCGCACGCCUGCGCCAUCGCGCUCCGAGUGAACGCGGCGCUGCAGAUUGGUUCGUGGUUGCGCUUGGAGACGGAAAGCUGGUGCAAGGUGGAGGGUGACAGUGACGCAGUGGAGGAGAGCGGCGUGCUGCGUGCAGCGAGUGGCAGUGCCGGGAAAGAAGGUGGAGCGGAAGCCGGCGAAAGUGGCAGCGCAAGCAGCACAUCGAGUGUCUGUUGCAAGGGCGCGGAAGGUUUGCCAACUGCUGGUGGUGCAGCCGUUGCUCUGAGUGCCACCACGCCCACCCCGCAUGCCGCCGCGCCUGCUGCUGCCUCUCCUCUGUCCAUCGGUCCUCAUAGAGAGGAGGGGGGUGAAAGGGAGGGAGGAGUGGGGGAAGGGGUGCAGGAGCGUGCGGCAGUGUUGAUGCCAACAAAGGGGUGUUGGUGGGAGCACUCGGUUGCGGGAGAGCCUUGUUGUGUGCUGCGAGGGGCGGUCGCUAAGUUCAAGCACUCACGGUAUGGCUCAGCGGUGUAUGGAUGGCUGGCAGGGGUGGGUACUUGA